GAAAUUGAAACACCAAAGGGUGACCACCAGACUUGCUCAUUCGAUCUGCGUCUCGAAUCUUUUAUUGCCUCAGCGAAAGUGCCUCCGGCGAACUAGCUCGUCGGGCUUGUCCUCCCUCUCUCUCGCUCGACCUCGUCUUGCCUCCAGUGUCUCGCUCUCUGUGAUCUGUCGCUCCAGCUCGUCUCCGGUCGUCACUCUUUCCGACGAGGGUUGGUAGCCACUCCUUCUUCAAGCUUCCUCCAUCUCCGGUCGCCACUCUCUUUUGCUCCAGUUCGUCUCCAGUCGCCUUAGCUCGUUGGCUCGUCUCUUCGAAGCUUAGGUUACUUUGAGCCCAUCAUUUAUUAUUGGUUUUAUUAGGGGCUACUAUGAAGCCAAUCUUAAUAUAGUUUGGUUCAACAAAAAACUUUCAAGUGCCCAAAAAACGGCAGCACCGGACAUGCAGCCCAAGGUGCCCGACCCUGCCUGCCUGGCCCCUCCAAUUGCAUCUUUCGAGUAGAGUCGGGCUGUGGGCAUGGCUUUUUUGCCUGAAGAUAUUUACGGCUUGGCAUUGGGUUAGGGGGCUGCCCUACUCGAUUCUACCUUUGCACAGCCCUAGCUAUCUGCGCAAUCUGUUUCUUUAGAAAUGGGCUCUUUUAAUAUUCUGAAUUUGAAUCAUGCUUACUGCCUAAUGCCUAUUAAAGUUUCUUUCAUGGAUGACUGAUGUUCUUACUACCUUGUGUUGUUUUAUUAUCUAAUUUGUGGUUCUAUUAUGCUAUUAUGGUCAUUUAGAUGCCAAUUGAUUCAGUCAGGGCAAAGAGAAAGUGUGCAGGAUCAAGCUUCCAUUUAAAGUUGGUUCUAUUAUUCUAAUUUGUGGUUCUAUUAUGCUAUUAAAGUUGUUGAAUUAUGGAUAUUGUUCUGUGCCAAGACUUAUGGUAGUUUUUACAUUUCGAGUUAGAGAUUUGUAAUUUUAUGAUGUGGAUUUAUGGAGUAUGGGUGUUAUUUUGGAUUGAAUUAUUAAAUAUAUUUGCUUUUUUAAAAUGAUGUCUAGUAGGAUUGAUUUAGUGAAAUUUUCUUCACAAAUGAUAGGCAGGGCAGCUUGAAGGUGCCUAGCCUGGAAUGUUAGGGUUUUUUGUGGGUAGGGCUGGGUAGUGGACUGCAUUUUGCAGCCUGUUCAACCUUUGGGUUGGGCCCACCCAUACCCAACCCUGCCCAUAUGCAGCCCUAAAUUCUCUACAUGCUCUUCUUAAUCUUCUUGAAUGUCACUUAGCAUUCAACAUCAACAACAAUAACAACAAGCCUUUAUCCCACUAGGUGGGGUCGGCUACAUGGAUUGCAAGACGCCAUUGUGCUCUAUCAUUAAUAAUGUCACUUAGCAUUCAGAUUUAAAAAAAUUAUACUUUGGCAGACCAAUCUUCAACUCGAUAGACUAAGCCCCGUCCAGUCCACCAUGGGGUUUAUACUAGACUGGACUGCCAAUUAUAACCCGUGGUGAUUUUAGACUGGACCUUAGGUUGAAGCUAAACCUGGACCAACCCUGUAUUUGUGUAGCCCUAGCUGCUGCUCCUCAUUUCUGAUACCUAAAAAAGAAUGUCUUCUUUCUCAAACAAACUAGGUUUUAUAUUAUUCAAUAUGAAACUUAAAGAUUCAUUGUAGCAAAUUCUGAUUUUGAUUUUGUAUUAGGAUAUUGGACGUACGGUCUGUAAGUGCAACCAAUUGUAGGUGUAACUGUGAUAAAUUUUACACUGAUGGCUGGAGAAAAAUGAUUGACCAGUUCCAUUAGGCUUGAGGUUUUUGCUCAAAGUAUUCAUGUUGGGAUCAACUUUGGCGUCUGAAAGUCACUUCUUUGAAAGUGUCCUGGUGUUUCUAUUCAUCUUGUUGUGUAUGAGAGUUUGUGAAAAAGUCUCAUUUCUUAUGUUACAUUAUCUUCUGAUUGACAUCUUUAAUGACCUUUUCUUUUCUGUUAUGAACUUUGCCCCCAGUGCUGCCAUUCGAUAUUGCUUUCUUACAUUUCAGGCAAGAUUGGUGUUGGUGAGUCAAUAAGUAAAUAUAAUAUGAUAUUUAAUUGGGACAAUAAUCUUUAAAUAAAGUCAGAUGGGAUUUGAACAUGAAAUUGCCCUUUUGAGCUGGUUCAUGAUUUUUGUUAUAUACCUGCUGUGGAUACGCUUAUAGUCAAUCCUUCAUCCGUGAUGCUGAAGAUAUAAUGUUUGCUCUAUUUUAUGCUCCCCUGGUACAUAAGAAUGAUAGGAACGUGAACUGCAAAUUAAAUUAUUUUACAUGGAUGAAGAUUCUAUAUGUUGUUGUUGUUGAAGAUUCUAUAUGUAUAUAUAAACGCUUUUUGUUCUGUUAUUAUACUUUCUUCAAGUCCUUUUUGUCUAAUGUAUUGUCCAUCUCUGAAGUUAGGGAAGAGAAAGUGACCAUUAUUGACAUUUUCUGGCUGACAACCCUCUCUCCAUCCGCUGCCAACAUGGAUCAGUUUGGAUUUCAAGACACAGAAACAGCAGAUUCAAAGCCUUCGGCAGUGGAGUCCCCAGUCACCCUUUUAAUUAAGCACCUGCCUGAAGCUAUACCUCAUGAAACCCUUUCUCGACUGUUAGCCCAUUUUGGUGCUUCGUCUGUUCGUCCUUGCUGUAGUGGGAGGUUGAGGAACUGUGCUUUUGUGGAUUUUAAAAAUGACCUGCUGGCUUCACAAGCACAUCAUCAACUUAAUGGGUUGAGAUUUCUUGGUAAAGUCUUAUCAGCAGAGAGAGCUAGUACCUCAAUGGAGAACAGUGAAAAAAGCAGAGGAUCUCAGCUGGGGAAGGAUUCUAAAUCAUCAGUGGUGAAAAAUGCUACUGUUUCCAAGCCUCUUAAUGACAGUUAUAAAUCAGGAGUCCUUCCUUCUGAACCAAUUGCUGCAAGACUGGGUGUUGACUACCCAUUUCCUCCUCACCUUGAGUAUGCUUACCCACCACCUGAUGGAAAUAUACUGACAAACAUUGUAAAUGCACUCAUUGCUGUUCCCCGCUUUUAUACUCAGGUGCUGCACCUAAUGAACAAAAUGAACAUUCCAGCUCCAUUUCGUAUGGCACUGCCCACUCCACCUCUGCCUGCACAAGUACCAGCACCACCGCCACCGCCACCUUCACCUCCUCCUCCCCCCUCUAUAAUCAUGAAACCUCAGACUGCAGAUGUCUCUUGCAGUGAAUCGGAGAUGGAUUCUUCAGAUGAUGAGGUUGAUGGGAAACUGGGUUCUACAGCUGUGGCAAGAGUAGCAAAGUCUGGACAAAAACGUGCUAGACAUGAAACCAUUAUUGGCCCUGGCGUUGAUAAAGAUGUAGCUCAUGAAGCUGUUGGAUUAAAACCAGCCACGUUGGUUCCUAAAGAAAUUCCAAUGAUUAAAAAGAAGAACCCUGUCUUACAGAUUAGAAUUGCUCCUAAAGCAAUACAGAAUGAACAUAAAGAUGUUGACACAACAGAGGAGCUAAUGGAGGCAGAAAAAGAGAUUUCAGAUCCUAAAAAAUUUUUGACUCUGGAAGAAUUAGAGAGUGGAAAGUUACCUCCAGAGGAAAUUUUGUCUCUUCCAAUGUUUAAGAACUAUACAGCUGGGAAUCCAGCUCCUGUGUUGUAUAUAAAAAAUUUGGCCAAAGAUGUGAUUGCUGAUGAUUUCUAUUUCAUAUUUGGGUCUUUCUUUGGAAGUGUUGAGGCUGCAAGGUCUGUUCUUCAGGUCAAGCUUAUGCAGGAAGGAAGGAUGAGAGGUCAAGCAUUUUUAACAUUUCCAUCUAUUGAAUUGGCUCAUCAUGCUUUGAAUUUAGUGAAUGGGUAUGUAUUCAAAGGCAAGCCAAUGAUCAUUCAGUUUGGUCGCAAUACUGCUGCUGUGAAAGGAACAUAAAUCUGUGGUUUGAGAUAAUGUGCUUUGAGAGCCGCAUGAUGAUCAUCAGUUGCUUAACGCUUGGUUACAUGAUAGCAGAUUGCUAAUGCUCCUCAAUGAUUGGGAGGGGAUCAAUGUCUUGAUCACAGCUGUUCCAACAUUCAGGAAGGUAGUUGUGAUAUAUGAUUGUGAAGAUUAUUCUUGAUGCUGGCUUCGAGCUUGCUGGAGUGAGAUAUUGGAAAGAAUGACUAUUUGCGUGCGUGAUGAACCUAGGGAUUGCAACCAGUAAGGAGAUAGGUUGAUGCCACACGGCAAGGCCACCCCUGCUAGUGCAUGCAGGUGUGAUUGAUCAAAUAAAUUGUACAAAAAAGUCAACAGAGUUGAUUAUGUUAAUCAUUAAAUGAUAACACUAUCAUUUUCCCUUUUGAUAUCUUGUCAUUUGUGGGUGUUGAGAAUGAAUGGAAAGUGCAAAUUAAGGAGGCAGGGGAUGCAUUGUACAAUUCUGUUUCUGUCGUCGUUACCUGAAAAAUGUUAAUUAUUGAGAAAUCUCAUCAACAACUCAGUUUCGCGUGCGCGCGCUCGUAUUCUGCUGAA